AUGGACUGAAAUUAGCACCGUAUUCUAUAACAAGGCCAUGUGAAAGAAGACAGGUUGGCUUUGAUUGCUCUCUGUUCUCAUUGGUCAGGAUCACGUGCCAUGAUUGGUCAAUGUUUGUUUCUUUUCCCCAUCUUAGCCCUCUGAAAUACAAAAUAUAGAGCAGCCUAGGAGUUUGAGAAUGGGGGCAUAUUAGUAAAAUCCCCUUUGAAUUUCUGCCCCUUUUGCACCUCCUAUGUUUGCUGCCAUACUCUACAGCAGCAAGGUGUAAUGUAAAAAACACCUUUUAUUAAAAGGGUCCUCUUUGGCUCUCAAGAAUCAGAUUGAGUUGAGAAAGGAAAGGCGAAAAGAAAGUGGAGGUGGUGGAUUUGAGAUAUUGAGACGAAGCUAAGCUAUUAUGGAGAUUCUUAAGAGCUCUAGAUUUGGGUUUGUUCUUCAACUUGUGCUGUUAUUGCAGAUCCAUAAUGUAAUCUGUUAUCAAUACAAAGUUGGAGAUUUGGAUGCUUGGGGUAUUCCCUCUUCAGAAAAUUCACAGAUCUACAUGUAUUGGUCUAAAUAUCACUCUCUUAAGAUUGGUGAUUCUCUCAUGUUCUUGUACCCACCAAGCCAAGAUUCAGUGAUUCAAGUUACAAAAGAAUCUUACAACAGUUGUAACCUCAAGGAUCCAAUCUUGUACAUGAAAGAUGGCAACUCUCUUUUCAAUAUUACUGAUUAUGGGGAUUUGUUCUUCAUAAGUGGAGAUGCUGGUCAUUGUGAGAAGAAUCAAAAACUCCAUAUUUCUGUUCUUUCUGGAAAUGGUUCUUCUGCAAGUGCUCCUUCUUCUGAUGGUUCACUUCCUGAGAUUUCUCCCUCUUACCCCACAGUUUUUGGUGGAAUCCCAGCAGCCCCAAGUGCCAAUUCCAGUGCUUCAUCUUCCUCUUUGCCUACAAAAAGCCUUCUUCUUCCUUCUGCUUUCAUUGCUGCAGCUUUUUCUGGACUUGUAGCUUUGAUUGCUUGAGUUCAAGAUUGAGGUUUAGGGAAUUCUUUUGCACAAUCAUUGUCACUAUACUGUUGUUUUCAGAUGAAAUUUGAAUACCAAUGAUGUUUAAAUUAUAAAUUACACUUUUGCUUUUGCUUUGGAUGUGUAAGUUUUGCAUUCUUUGA